AUGAGGGUGACGGUGAAGUGGUUUGUGACGGGCAGGUACUCCGUCAUCGAAGACAGUGAUGCGAUUUUGUCGCCGGACACCACCAUUGCGGAGCUGAAGGGGCUCAUUCAGAUUCGCUUCGGUUUUUCAUCGAAGGAGCUCUUGCUGAUACUGGAUCACCUGCUCGAGAACACGGCUACCUUGCGCAGCCUCAAUAUCAUGGGUCAGUCGUGCGACCCCAUCAUGACGGCGCAUGUCGUGAGAGAGUCGUUGCUCGAGAUGAGCAACCUCGACCAGGACGAUACAAGUAAGGACGACGACCUGCACGGAUUCUCGCACGCCGAUUUUAUUCUGGCCAAAAAGAUGCUUGGCAAGGAUGUGCCGGUUCCAGACGAUCGUCUUGUAGCCAUGCGCCUGAACGCCCCUCGCCAACGUCCAGUCUUCCUCGACAUCUGGCGGAAGGACGAAGAUGACGCCGCUGGUCCCGAACGAGUUCCUCAGCCUCCACACGGCAUGCCCGGCUUGGCGGGGUGCGAGAUUCUGACUUACGACCCGAAGAAGACGACGGUGUACCAGAUCGUCUCCCGCGUCCAGUAUGGCCCGCGUAAGGAGGGCGUGGACACCGAAUUCGCGAUCCAGUCCCCUGGUGUCGACGCGCCCUUUCCGUUUUGGGACAUGCGGACACCAGACCCGUUUGCCGGCAUCGAUGGGCAGUGCGCCCCUGGCGAGGUCUGCCUCGAGCUCUUCUACUUUGGGGAUUUCGACGCUGUCAAGGACCAGCCCGGCUUCUUGCUUGUGGUGCGGCAAAUCCUGCAGUCGAAGGCUGGCGUACGCCUGCGGACACCGCUGCCGCUGCGUGAGGCAGGGUGCAUGUACCCCCUCAUUGCGGUCCCAAUUGUGCUGCACGAGAUGGACGCCAUGGAACUCGGUGACAUCUUAUUCGAGGACUUCGGGAGGGUGGAGGCUGCCCGACCCCUCAAGGGCAACACCGACGGUGCAGAAGUCGCUGGCAGCGGCGGCCUUGGCUGCGCUCCCCAGUAG